AUGAUAUUUCAUUCUGUAGCAAUACUAUUAUCACAAGACAGAAUUUGUAAUUCAGUUCCUUUUGUCACCAGACAUUCUAAAAACAUUCUCAAUGCAGAUAAUAAAGCAGAUAAUAUUGAAUAUAGACUUAUUGAAGGAAACAUAUUUCCACUGGAAGACGGAACUGUCGAUUUCGUCAAUUGCGCAACUACUGCCCAUUAUUUGGACCUCAAUUUGUUUGAGAGUGAAUGCGAAAGAGUCUUGAAACCAGGUGGUUGUGCUGCUGUUUACGCAUAUGCUCCUUUCACUAUCAAAUCUUUGGAAAAUGAAAUACUGGCUGAAAUUAAACAGGAUUCUGUAUACAAGCAGGUAAUGGUGAAGUUUAUCAGGGACUGUGGGGCCCACGAAGGAAACCUAGCAGUGUUAGAAAGAUACAAACCGAUAUACGACCAGCUUAAAAACGAAACAAAGCAAUUCAAAAUCUUAGAAUCAACUGUUCCGUAUACUGUGACAAACUUCCUGAAGUUGCAUGAAACCGUUUUUGGGUACAGUCGUUUUCGUGGUCGCGGUGGUAAAGACCCAUUAACUGAGUUCGGAAUUUCUUUGAGAAAGUUACUCAAACUGCAAAACAGCAAUAGCCUGAAUACAGCCCUACAAAAUGUUUACAAUAAAAAACUGAAAAACCAACUUUUUCUGGGGGCGACAGCUCAACGAUAG